UACCUACCCCACCUACACACCGAAGUUUCCAGAGAGAGUUCCCAUCAAUAUUUAUUUUGUCAAUAAAUAUUUCAUUCCUGCUUAUUCUUCUUGCCAACUGACAAUAUACUUUAUUCGCAGAUUCUUCCACACUUUCCGAGAUACUAGGAAUAUUAAGUUUAACUUUCGGAGAACUCAAAGUCGAUCUUGUGCUUGUGGAGGAGGAAUAUAAAGGUAUGUUUACUCUUUUCUCUUGAGAUCUGAGAUUUUGUGAUAUACCUACCUGUCCGCGCGGAAAUUCACUUCAAGGACUAUUGAGAACGGUGGUUGACGGAUCGCUACUCACAUUACGAUUAUUCAUUGUCCUACCCCUUGAUAUAUUAUCUUGGUUCUAACUUUAUCAUCAAACAGUUUCCUCUUAAUCUCAUACCCUACCACUUCAACAAACCCCUACAAAAUGCCUCAAGCUACCGAACUCAAAUCAUGGAGUGCUCUCCAAUCUCAUCAUGAUACCGUUGGACGAAACUUUGUCCUCAAGGAAGAAUUCAAAAAGGAUCCUCAAAGAUUCGAAAAGUUAUCCAAAACUUUCAAGAACACUGCCGAUAACUCGGAGAUCCUUUUCGAUUUCUCCAAGAAUUUGAUUAAUGAAGAGACACUCAAGGCACUGGUGGCAGUUGCGAAAGAAGCUGGAUUGGAAAAAUUGCGCGAUGAGAUGUUUGCAGGUGAAAAGAUCAACUUUACCGAAGAUCGUGCUGUUCUUCAUGUUGCCUUGAGAAAUGUUUCAAGUGAUCCGAUCAACGUCGAUGGACAAGAUGUUAUGCCAGGUGUUAAUAAGGAGUUGAAACAUAUGGAGGAAUUUUCAGAACAGAUUAGAAGUGGAGAGUGGAAGGGUUACACUGGAAAGCCAUUGACUAACAUUGUCAACAUUGGUAUUGGUGGUUCUGAUCUGUAAGUUUUGAGAUUCAGCAACGAGGAUCAUAGCUAAUUGGUUAUAGUGGUCCAGUUAUGGUUACUGAAGCUCUUAAGUACUAUGGUGCUAGAGAACAAACCCUUCACUUCGUUUCUAAUAUCGAUGGUACACAUAUGGCUGAAGCUUUGAGAGCUUCUGAUCCAGAGACUACUCUCUUCUUGGUUGCUUCUAAGACUUUCACCACUGCAGAGACUGUUACCAAUGCCAACUCUGCAAAAGAAUGGUUCUUGAAGAAGACUGAUGGAAAGGGUGAUAUCGCUAAACACUUUGUUGCUCUUUCUACCAAUGAAGCUGAAGUUACCAAGUUUGGUAUUGAUGCUAAGAACAUGUUCGGCUUCGAAAGUUGGGUUGGAGGUAGAUACAGUGUUUGGAGUGCAAUUGGUUUGAGUGUUGCUAUUCACAUUGGAUUCAAGAAUUUCCAUGAAUUGUUAUCCGGAGCUCAUGCUAUGGAUAUCCAUUUCAAGAAUACUCCACUUGAGGAGAAUAUUCCAGUUAUCGGUGGUCUUUUGAGUGUUUGGUAUUCUGAUUUCUUUGGUGCUCAAACUCAUUUGGUUGCUCCGUAAGUUUUGUUUAUGCCCUAAGAACGAACACAACUAAUGAAUAAAUAGAUUCGAUCAAUACCUCCACCGUUUCCCAGCUUACCUUCAACAACUUUCUAUGGAAUCUAACGGUAAAGCUGUCUCCCGUGACGGUAAGAUCGUUCGUUAUACAACUGGUCCAAUUCUGUUUGGUGAACCAGCUACAAAUGCUCAACACUCUUUCUUCCAACUUGUUCACCAAGGUACUAAGUUGAUCCCAACUGAUUUCAUCAUGGCUGCCGAAUCGCACAACCCAAUUGAUAACAAUAAACAUCAAAAGAUGUUGGCUUCAAACUUCUUCGCUCAAGCUGAGGCUCUUAUGAUUGGAAAAGGAGAGGAUGAAUUAAAGGCUGAAAACACACCACCUGAGUUGUACAAGCACAAGACAUUCUUAGGCAACAGACCAACUACAUCAAUUCUUGCACAAAAGAUUACUCCAGGUACUCUUGGUGCUUUGAUCGUUUACUACGAACAUCUUACAUUUACUGAAGGAGCUGUUUGGAAUAUUAACAGUUUUGAUCAAUGGGGUGUUGAGUUGGGUAAGAGUUUAGCUAAGAAAAUUCAAGCCGAGUUGGAUGUUAGUGGAGAUGUUGGGGAGCAUGAUGCUAGUACUGGUGGAUUGAUUAAGGCUUUUAAGAAGAAGGCUAAUAUUUAAAUGAGGGAUGUGGAUGAGAUUGGGAGGAUGAGGGAUGGAGAUAUGUGAAGUGGUAAUUGUGUGAUGGAGAAAAUGGAAAAGAAAAAGCUUAGGUUUUUUUUCUUCGAUAUGUUAUGAGUGAUAUGAAAGGGAAGAUUUAAAAAUGAGUUUGAGGAGAUGAUUUUGCAUCUGGAUAUGUUGUGAGUGGAUGGUUGGCUGGUUAUAAGUUGAUGGUUCAAUCGUUGAUUAGGUAGUUAGGGAUUUGAUAUCAUAUGAUGUGAUGUGGUUAUGGAUUGAAUGAAUAUGAUGAAUAUAAAUAUAAACAUGGAAUAUGAAUUGGAAUAUAUAGAUAACUCUUGAAAAGUAUCUAUCUAUG